UAACUGAGGGUUCCGGUAAAUGUGCCUGCCCUGUCCCUUACGGCGGAUUAAACUGUGAACUAACGUGUCCACCGCAGUUUGAGGUUUCGUUCAGGACAAGUUGCUACAGUUUCAACAUGACACUGAAAGGCAACUUCUACCAGGCUAAAGCCCACUGCGAGUCAAUGGGAGCGAGACUUGUCGCCGUUGACAAUGAAGAGGAACACACUUUUAUUAGACAACAUAUUAUGGCCGACGAAGCACGGAGUGCCGUCGGCUGGUGGACCUCACUAACAGAUGAUGCCUCUGAAGGUACCUGGGUAUUGUCCGGGUGGGGCGACAUUCCAGCACCGUUUAUUGCAUGGGGUCCAGGGGAACCAAAUAGCCAAGGGGGCAAUCAAGACUGUGUACAAUACCAUUCCAUCACCAAGCUUUUUGAUGACGAGCAAUGCAGUCGUACAAUUAACUUUAUAUGUGAAACAGAAGCGACCUAGAAAACGACGGAUACUGGGAAAAUAUAUACAGGAUACAAUCCGUAUGAGAACCUAUAUUUACACAAUAAUACGAUCUUUCUGGAUCUCAUUUUAUUCAUAUCUUCUAUAUUUAAAAACUAUACUUGUAUGGUUGGCGAAGUAUACUUCGUGUUGCCUAUGGUUUGUUGACUCCGGCUUGCAGACUGACUGUCUGUAAGAGAAAACACGACGGCCAUAUAACCUUAGGGAAUUUUUUUCAACGAGCUUUAGGUAAAACAUUUCAAAUGAAUUAGUUGUAGAGAAAAUACGGAAUCGUCAUCAUUCUUAAACGGCAACAUGGAUAGUUGUAUCAUGUUUUACGCUUUCAAGAUAAUGUAUAAGAUUUCUUCCGAUGCUGUUAUUGUUGUCAAUGUAGCUUAUGAGAUCAACAUUUUUAUGCUGCCUGCUGUCAAAUUUGCCUACGGAUACUUUUUCUAACGUCAACACUGCUGCUCUUUCCGUCAUUUUCUUACGUUACACCGUCCAUUAGUAAUGAAGACAUUUCUUAUCGGAUUGCUCUUUCAGAUUACUACAUACACCGUUACAUGAGUGGAAUUCUAUGGUUUUAUAUACAAAUGCAUCUUUCUUUUAAUGGGCUCAUACAUGCGAAUAAUAAGAUUGUCCGCCUUAAAACUAUAUUAGAUAAAACCUAGGAUUACAAACAUUGGUUGUCUGAACAUGCACUA